UGAGGGUUCGACACCACUUCACAUGGCUUCACAAAACGGUCACGAAAAAGUUGUCGAAUACUUAGUGACAGUAGGCGCCGAAAUCAAUCGCGCUAAUAAAAACGGCGCGACACCACUUCUCAUUGCUUCCUCCGUCGGUCACGAAAAAGUUGUCGAAUAUUUGACGAAAGUCAGCGCCGAAAUCAAUUGCGUGGAUAACGAGGGUUGUACACCACUUCUAAUAGCUUCUGAAAACGGUCACCGGAAAGUUGUCGAACACUUGGCAGCUGUCGGCGCCGAACUCAAUCAUGCUGCAAAUGAUGAUUGUACACCACUUCACGUUGCUUCCCAAAACAAUCACCAAAAAGUUGUCGAAUACUUGACAAGAGUCGGCGCCGAAAUCAAUCGCGCUACGAAUGACGGUGUGACACCACUUCACCUAGCCUCCUUCAACGGUCACGAAAAAGUUGUCGAACACUUAACAACAGUCGGCUCCGAAAUCAAUUGCGCUGAUAAUGACGGCUCCACACCACUUCACGAUGCUUCACAAAACGGUCACCAAAUAGUUGUCGAAUACUUGGCGACAGUCGGGGCCGAAAUCAAUCGUGCUGAUAAUGUGGGUUGGACACCACUUCACAUAGCUUCUCAAAACGGCCAUGAGAAAGUUGUCGAAUACUUGGCGACAGUCGGUGCCGAAAUCAAUCGCGCUGCUAAUGACAAUGUGACACCACUUCACCUAGCUUCCUUCAACGGUCACGAAAAAGUUGUCGAAUACUUGGUGACAAACAGCUGCGAAAUCAAUAGUACUGCUAAUGACGGUUGGACACCACUUCACGUUGCUUCCCAAAACGGUCACCAAAAUGUUGUCGAAUUUUUGACAUCAGUCGGGGCCGAAAUCAAUCUUGCUAAUAAUGACGGCUCCACACCACUUUUCAUAGCUUCUAAAAACGGUCACCAAAAAGUUGUCAAACACUUGGCGACAGUCGGGGCCGAAAUCAAUCGUGCUGAUAAUGUGGGUUGGACACCACUUCACAUUGCUUCAGAAAAAGGUCACCAAAAAGUUGUCGAAUGCUUGACAACAGUCGGCGCCGAAAUCAAUUGUGCUCUGAAUGACGGCUGGACACCACUUCACAUUGCUUCCCAAAACGGCCAUGAAAAAGUUGUCGAAUACUUGGCAACAGUCGGGGCCGAAAUCAAUCAUGCUGUUAAUGGUGGUCAUACAGCACUUCACGUAGCUUCCAAAAAUGGGCACGCAAAAGUUGUCGAAUACGUGACGAAAGUCGGCGCCGAAAUCAAUCGCACUAAUAAAUACGGUGCGACAUCACUUCACGCAGCUUCCGAAAGUGGUCACGAAAAAAUUGUCGAAUACUUGGCGACAAUCGGUGCCGAAAUCAAUCGCGUUGAUAAUAAUGGUUGGACACCACUUCACUUUGCUUGCCAAAACGGUCACCAAAAUGUUGUCGAAUACUUGAAAUCAGUCGGUGCCGAAAUCAAUCGUGCUGCUAAUGGCGGUUUCGGAUUAUAUUACGUAGCCUCCAGCGCCAAAGAAGUUGUUGAAUACAUGACGAAAGUCGGCGCCGAAAUCAAUCGCGCAACGAAUGACGGUGUGACAUCACUUUACAUGGCUUCCGAAACGGGUCACCAAAAAGUUGUCGAAUACUUGACCACUGUCAGCGCCGAAAUCAAUCGCGCUAAUCAAAACGGUGCGACACCACUUUACAUAGCUUCCGAAACAGGUCACGAAAAAGUUGUCGAAUACUUGACAUCAGUCGGCGCCGAAAUCAAUCGUGCUUGUAGUAACGGUUUAACACCGCUUCACAUUGCUUCCCAAAACGGUCAUCAAAAAGUUGUCGAAUGCUUGACGACAGUCGGCGCCGAAAUCAAUCGUGCUUGUAGUAACGGUUUAACACCGCUUUACAUAGCUUCCGAAACAGGUCACGAAAAAGUUGUCGAAUGCUUGACAUCAGUCGGCGCCGAAAUCAAUCGUGCUUGUAGUAACGGUUUAACACCGCUUCACAUUGCUUCCCAAAACGGUCAUCAAAAAAUUGUCGAAUGCUUGACGAAAGUCGGCGCCGAAAUCAAUCGUGCUUGUAGUAAAGGUUUAACACCGCUUCACAUUGCUUCCCAAAACGGUCAUCAAAAAGUUGUCGAAUGCUUGACGAAAGUCGGCGCCGAAAUCAACCGUGCCGAUAUUGACGGUUGGACACCACUUCACAUGGCUUCCCAAAACGGUCCCGAAAAAGUUGUGGAAUACUUGACAUCAGUCGGCGCCGAAAUCAAUCGUGCUUGUAGUAACGGUUUAACACCGCUUCACAUUGCUUCCCAAAACGGUCAUCAAAAAGUUGUCGAAUGCUUGACGAGAGUCGGCGCCGAAAUCAAUCGCGCUACGAAUAACGGUGUGACACCACUUCACGCAGCUUCCUUCAACGGUCACGAAAAAGUUGUCGAAUACUUGACAUCAGUCGGCGCCGAAAUCAAUCGUGCUUGUAGUAACGGUUUAACACCGCUUCACAUUGCUUCCCAAAACGGUCAUCAAAAAGUUGUCGAAUGCUUGACGAAAGUCGGCGCCGAAAUCAACCGUGCCGAUAUUGACGGUUGGACACCACUUCACAUGGCUUCCCAAAACGGUCCCGAAAAAGUUGUCGAAUACUUGACAUCAGUCGGCGCCGAAAUCAAUCGUGCUUGUAGUAACGGUUUAACACCGCUUCACAUUGCUUCCCAAAACGGUCAUCAAAAAGUUGUCGAAUGCUUGACGAGAGUCGGUGUCGAAAUCAAUCGCGCUACGAAUAACGGUGUGACACCACUUUACAUAGCUUCCGAAACAGGUCACGAAAAAGUUGUCGAAUACUUGACAUCAGUCGGCGCCGAAAUCAAUCGUGCUUAUAGUAACGGUUUAACACCGCUUCACAUUGCUUCCCAAAACGGUCAUCAAAAAAUUGUCGAAUGCUUGACGAAAGUCGGCGCCGAAAUCAAUCGUGCUUGUAGUAAAGGUUUAACACCGCUUCACAUUGCUUCCCAAAACGGUCAUCAAAAAGUUGUCGAAUGCUUGACGAAAGUCGGCGCCGAAAUCAACCGUGCCGAUAUUGACGGUUGGACACCACUUCACAUGGCUUCCCAAAACGGUCCCGAAAAAGUUGUCGAAUACUUGACAUCAGUCGGCGCCGAAAUCAAUCGUGCUUGUAGUAACGGUUUAACACCGCUUCACAUUGCUUCCCAAAACGGUCAUCAAAAAGUUGUCGAAUGCUUGACGAGAGUCGGUGUCGAAAUCAAUCGCGCUACGAAUAACGGUGUGACACCACUUUACAUAGCUUCCGAAACAGGUCACGAAAAAGUUGUCGAAUACUUGACAUCAGUCGGCGCCGAAAUCAAUCGUGCUUAUAGUAACGGUUUAACACCGCUUCACAUUGCUUCCCAAAACGGUCAUCAAAAAAUUGUCGAAUGCUUGACGAAAGUCGGCGCCGAAAUCAAUCGUGCUUGUAGUAAAGGUUUAACACCGCUUCACAUUGCUUCCCAAAACGGUCAUCAAAAAGUUGUCGAAUGCUUGACGAAAGUCGGCGCCGAAAUCAACCGUGCCGAUAUUGACGGUUGGACACCACUUCACAUGGCUUCCCAAAACGGUCCCGAAAAAGUUGUCGAAUACUUGACAUCAGUCGGCGCCGAAAUCAAUCGUGCUUGUAGUAACGGUUUAACACCGCUUCACAUUGCUUCCCAAAACGGUCAUCAAAAAGUUGUCGAAUGCUUGACGAGAGUCGGUGUCGAAAUCAAUCGCGCUACGAAUAACGGUGUGACACCACUUUACAUAGCUUCCGAAACAGGUCACGAAAAAGUUGUCGAAUACUUGACAUCAGUCGGCGCCGAAAUCAAUCGUGCUUAUAGUAACGGUUUAACACCGCUUCACAUUGCUUCCCAAAACGGUCAUCAAAAAAUUGUCGAAUGCUUGACGAAAGUCGGCGCCGAAAUCAAUCGUGCUUGUAGUAAAGGUUUAACACCGCUUCACAUUGCUUCCCAAAACGGUCAUCAAAAAGUUGUCGAAUGCUUGACGAAAGUCGGCGCCGAAAUCAACCGUGCCGAUAUUGACGGUUGGACACCACUUCACAUGGCUUCCCAAAACGGUCCCGAAAAAGUUGUCGAAUACUUGACAUCAGUCGGCGCCGAAAUCAAUCGUGCUUGUAGUAACGGUUUAACACCGCUUCACAUUGCUUCCCAAAACGGUCAUCAAAAAGUUGUCGAAUGCUUGACGAGAGUCGGCGCCGAAAUCAAUCGCGUUACGAAUGACGGUGCGACACCACUUUACAUAGCUUCCGAAACAGGUCACGAAAAAGUUGUCGAAUACUUGACAGAAGUCGGUGCCGAAAUCAAUAGCGCUACGAUUCACAGUGUGACACCACUUUACGUAGCUUCCUUCAAGGGUCACGAAAAAGUAGUAGAAAACUUGACAAAAGUCGACGCCAAAAUCAAUCAUGCUGAUAGUGACGGUUUCACACCACUUUACGUAGCCUCCCUAAACGGCCACGAAAAAGUUGUCGAAUACUUGGCGACAGUCGGCGCCGAAAUCAAUCGCGCUACGAAUGACGGUGCAACACCACUUUACGUAGCUUCUUCCAAUGGCCAUGAAAAAAUUGUCGAAUACUUGGCAACAGCCGGCGCCGAAAUCAAUCUCGCUAUGAAUGACGGUGCAACACCACUUUACGUAGCUUCCUUCAAUGGUCACGAAAAAAUUGUCGAAUAUUUGAAGACAGUCGGCGCCGACAUCAAUCGUGUUACUCAUGGCGGUUUCACACCACUUUACGCAGCCUCCCUUAAAGGCCACGAAAAAAUUGUCGAAUACUUGACGACAGUCGGCGCCGACAUCAAUCGUGUUGCUAAUGGCGGUUUCACACCACUUUACGUAGCCUCCCUAACAGGCCAGGAAAAAAUUGUCGAAAAGUUGACGACAGUCGGCGCCGAAAUCAAUCGCGCUACCGAUAACGGUGUGACACCACUUCACGUAGCUUCCUUCAACGGUCACGAAAAAGUUGUCGAAUACUUGGUGACAGUCGGUGCUGACAUCAAUCGCGCUGAUGAUAAUGGUCAGACAUCUCUUCACAUAGCUUCCCAAAAAGCGCACCAAGGAAUUGUAGAAUUGUUAACAAAAGCCGGCGCCCAAACCAAUUAACUUCCGUUUUGAAAGGAAUGUAGUACGCAAUAUUUUAUGAUUGAUAUUUAAAAAUUUCGCUCCAUAAUAAGUGAGUCAUUUCCGUUUUUACAUCGAGAAGAUUUUGAGAAGAAAAUUUGUUAUCUUUCUCACAUACACUUACGAAUUUCUUGAAGUUAUUAUCGUAGGUCUGAAAACAAUUAAGGGUCUUGUCGUUUAUUUUUGAAAACAGAAACUCGUGUAAUGAAAAUUUUAGCACCCUCAAUCCGUAAAUCGUAUUCAGUAUUUUGCUCCUCGUUAACUUAUAAUAUCGUGAAAGCUUAGGUUAAUAAGUUGACUACUACAGCAACUGAUAUAAACGUGUUCAAAUACUUACCACCCUUUUAAAAACUGUAUCUCAGUAUAAACUUACAAUACAACACUCCAGUAUUAAUUUCGAAAACAGAUUUUGUCAUAUAUUUAUUACCUACAAGCACAGUCUAAUGAAACUGUAAUUCAGAAACUGUCAAAAAUUUUACUUGUCAAAACGGUGUGGAAUAAGUCAUCUUAAAAAAAAAUGAAACUGAAAUAGCAGUCUGCGAAAAAUCUAAUCGAAAAGACCACAAAACCCAAAAAAGUGCAAUCCCAUUCUAAUUUCACAAUCUAUAAUUACAUUAUUUCAAAAUUCUUCUACAUCACUAUAUCACGUUUGAUUUGUUCUUUGCUGAUAAGUUAAAUUCAAACUUAUUUUAGUUUUUAUUUAAAAAAAAAAGUGGGAAAAGUUAUCAAUGUCACACAUUUGCAACAACAAAUUAAAUAAGAUUUUAUGAAAAGUAAUCAGGAUUGUGUUUUCUCUUUCACUAAAUAAACCAAAAGCGAUGUAUGGUACCGUUUAGUAUUUCUUAAAAAAUGGCUCAAUCGAUUUGUAACAAAACUGAGACGAAGAAAAUAACAAACACAUGCCUUCAAGAACAUCUUAAAUCGUUAGUAGGAAAGGCAUCCACGUACAAAGAUUUAUAUUAUAUUAUAAAAUGCAUCACAAAUAGAGCGAAAUAAAGAAGCAUAUAUGAAAUUUGCAUUUAUUAAUAGGAAUUGGUGAAAUCGUUUUAAAUAUCAAGAGGGUAAUACCUGAAUCAUUACUUUUUGAGUCAGUUUAUUAUGCUGUUGUCUUCCUGCGAAUUACAAACCAACUACC